GGCGGGAUCACGCCCCUUCCGGCUUGUCCUGCGUCCGGGGCUUCGGCGUGCUUUCUGGAGCCGGUGGCUGCAGCUGUUAACUCCUGCGAAUUGGCGGCCAGUCGGACGAGAUGGCGGCAGAAGUGUUGCCGAGUGCGAGGUGGCUGUAUUGUGGGGAGCCCGAAGAGAGCCAGAGAGCUGUACUGGUUCAGUUCUCCAAUGGGAAGCUGCAGAAUCCAGGCAACAUGCGCUUUACCUUAUACAAGAGCGAUGACUCCAAAAACCCUAGGAGGAAAAAUCAGCGGAUCCUGGCAGCUGAAACAGACAGACUUUCCUAUGUGGGAAAUAAUUUUGGGACUGGAGCCCUGAAAUGCAACACUCUAUGCAGGCACUUUGUAGGAAUUUUGAACAAGACCUCUGGCCAAAUGGAAGUGUAUGAUGCGGAACUGUUCAACAUGCAGCCACUGUUUUCAGAUGAAUCAGUUGAGACUGAACAGACACUAGACAGCCAGACCAAAACUUUCAGAGAAAAGAUGGAUUCUUGUAUUGAAGCCUUUGGUACCACCAAACAGAAGCGAGCGCUGAACUCCAGAAGAAUGAACAGGGUUGGCAAUGAAUCUUUGAAUCUUGCAGUAGCUAAAGCUGCAGAGAAUAUCAUUGAUACAAAGGGUGUGACUGCUCUGGUCAGUGAUGCCAUCCAUGAUGACUUGCAAGAUGACUCCCUCUACCUUCCUCCCUGCCAUGCUGAUGCGGCCAAGCCUGAAGAUGUGUAUAAAUUUGAAGAUCUUCUUUCUCCUGUGGAGUAUGAAGCUCUUCAGAGCCCAUCUGAAGCUUUCAGGAACGUCACAUCAGAAGACAUACUGAAGAUGAUUGAAGAGAACAGCCACUGCUCCUUUGUCAUCGAAGCACUGAAGUCUUUGCCAUCAAAUGAGGAGAGCCGAGACCGGCAGGCCCGAUGCAUAUGGUUUCUGGAUACCCUCAUCAAAUUUCGAACUCAGAAAGUGAUUAAGCGGAAAAGUGCCCUGGGACCUGCAGUGCCACACAUCAUCAACACCAAGCUGCUGAAGCACUUCACCUGCCUGACUUACAACAAUGGCAGUUUGCGUAACUUAAUUUCGGACUCUAUGAAGGCGAAGAUUACUGCGUAUGUGAUCAUACUUGCCUUGCACAUAAGCAGCUUCCAGAUUGACCUGACGAUGUUACAGAGGGACUUAAAGCUCAGUGAGAGAAGGAUGAUGGAGAUAGCAAGAGCCAUGAGGCUGAAGAUCUCUAAAACAAGGGUGUCUCUGGCUGCUGGUGGGGAAGAAGAUCACAAACUGGGCACUCUGUCCAUCCCACUGCCUCCAGCACAGACCUCAGACCGCCAGUCAAAGCGGAGGAGAAUUACCUAGAUGUGUGCUUUUCAGACAGCAUGUGACCCCAUCACAGCUACUGGUUCUAUUCAUUUCCAUUUUUACUUUUAAUGAACUAUAGAAAUAAUCCCUA